UAUCAGUUGUUUAAUGUGAUGGCAUUCCAUCAGGGGUUCGGAAGUUGCCCCUCCCCUCAACUGGAUUCCAUCUUUGAUUUUUGCCAUCCGGAACUGAGUGGAUGUACGGAAAAUAGAAAGGGUGGGGUAGGAUCUAUUGCAGCAGGAACGGGGAAGAGAUCUCCGACAGUGUUGCGAUGUCUUUGCUGUCUGUAGAUAAUUAUGGGACGGUUUUUCCUGUGCCGUCGACAGUGGAUAGAUAGAUAGAUUGAUAGAUAGACGCUGCAAUUUCCGCAACAUCCCCUCCUCCGAAACACCCACUCAUUGCACACAAAAAGGAACCCCCACCUCCCCCAUCAUGUGAUUGCAAUCAUGGAUCGAUGAACUGUGACUGUCAACAACAACAGCUCUCCUCGGGGGGAUCGGAAGUGGAAGUUUGUUUCAACGGCCCUCCUUGCUGCAGGGAAUUGUGUUCAGCAAGUCUAAGAAUGCGGUAAUUUUUCCUUAAGCCUGGCGAGCAGAUCAUGCCGGGCAAGGAGGCCGUCCGAUGAUGCUAUACCGCCAGGCGGAGGGAUGCGAUGUCCCGGUCGGUUGCAGGAUUCUUCGGAAACUUGGAAGGGUGAAUUGAGGCGGACUAUGAACUUGUGCAUGGUGCUGGCUCCGCUUGUUCCCACUUUAGCUCCAACGCCUUCACCAAAUGGACCCGUCGACGUUGGAAAUUGCCAGAUCCGAGUUACCACACCCCAAAUCCUGCAUCGAGGAACACACCCCCGGCUGUUCUAGAUCAAUCUGGUGAUCCACAGCAGCUGUUAUGUCGACCGAGAAUCUAUCUAGAUGGGCCUAGGCUUACCGUCGAGGGGCCAGGAUGGUCAACCUGUCGUUUCGAUGAGUGGCAUUUCCGAGAGGGUCCCAAGGAUUCUGUCUGAACAUCUCACAGAAGGGUACCUGGACAAGAGGCUGUUCUCUGCCAGGCACCGCGGCGUCCUUUUCUGGGGCAUUCUUUGUGCAUCAGACAGCGAGAGGGAGCGAGAUCUAGAGGGUGAUUAGCCCCAAGCCUGCUCUGGCUGCCUGGGAGUUUCUGAUCCGUGGUAGCGUGGCGUCACUAGAUACAUGACGGUUUUCUCUUCUCUAACCCCAUAGCAUUGAAACAUUCCUCGCAUUUUGUGGUAUUUUUCCUCAUUGAUGGACAAGCUAAGCGGAGGUACUUGUAAUUGGAACCGUUUGAUCGUGGCGUCCGAAAGGGGGGGACAUGCAAGAAAGAGGGCGCGAGGAUAGUCGGCGGUUGCGAGGAAGAAAGUGCGAGGCUAGUCGGCGAUUGGAGGUUGUACUGUUCAGGUUGCACUUUGUAAUACGACGGUGUCACCUAUUCGAGAACGCAAUCACCUGAAUACGUGCUAUCGACGGUUGGUCUAGCAUCUUACACAGCAUCUCAACCCAGCAGAGCUUUCAGAUUUGUGCGCGCUGUGGGCUCUCCUAUGAAUGUCAAAACUUGAACAAACUUGCGAUUGUUCGGCGAGGAAUCGAGUGUGGUGAUUGAUAUUCUCUACAUCGAAACCAUUGGAUCAUGUAUAUGGGGUUUUAGACCAGGUAUUGUAUCUGUCCAGCCCUCCUGGAGACGUUCAGAUUAAGAAUCGGCUGCCAUUGUGGUGGGUUUUGAUGCACUAGUGCGGUCGUUGAUAAACCAGUGGGGAUGUAUUCUAGAAAUGGGGUGUUGGCGAAUGGAGCGGUAUCUAAUACCGUCUGAGGAGAGGUUAAUCAUUUCUCUGUGAUGGUGAGGAUGAUAUGAAGCGACGUUACAAAACCGGUGAAUUUCUGUGUGAGACUAGUAUUCACUCCUUGAAGUGUAUUCGAUUGGACUUGCAGAAUCUGUGUUUGGGAUUAGAAGAAGAAUUUUGCCUUCACCAUGUCAACGUUUUCUGUACCAACAAUUGGCGGACAGCUCACACGAAUAUCCGAUUUGGGCGAAGGGACAUGAAAUCUUGGUAGUCAACUGUUGACCUAAUUGGCAACAUAGCGCUAUGCAGAUCAAUUUUGUGAGGUGUACUCCUCCCGUUUUUCAAGAAUAAGGACUACAGAGCAUGACAUUGCGAGUCGUCUUGCUUUCAUCAUGUCCACUCAGGGUGAUAUCCAUUGCGUUCAUAUGAGUGGAAAUAGGAUUUUAUCACUUGGUUGUUUCUCAUGGUCGGAGCGAUUAAUCCGUGCGGGGAUUCCCUAAGAACUUGCAACUGUUGCGUCCGAAUCACUAGGGAAGUCCACUCGAAUCAUUGCAGGGUACUCGGAUUCUGAUGUUUUUUGUGGUUUUUGUUGAUAGGAGCCCGUAAUAUUGCCCAUGAAGAUCGUCUGAUCACGAAUGCCAACAAUCAUGCGCACUCCGAGUUGAUGCUCACUCUUACUUUUCAGUUCAAACAACGCAGGGGUUUACGUCUCUAAUUCGUCUUAUGAAACCUGAAGCGCCCGUUCCUCUAACCUCUCAUAAUACGUUCUUCACUGGCAGGGGUCAUAGGGCCGGAGGAAACGAGCACCGACACUUGGCUUCUAAUUCAAUGACGAUGUUUGGUUCGAAUGCUUGGGAUAGAGCGACCCAGCACCCCACGGAUUUGGUUGGGGAUAACUUGCAUCAGGGCGGUGCCACACGACAUUGGGUCUCUCCAUACAGCGAUCCACAGCUAGAAUACGUGUACCUUGGCACUCCACAUCAGGGCUCUCCACAGACAUCCCAGGUGGCUUCUCCACAAAGAUGGCCGAUGCCAGACGCUACAUUAAACCCUUCCUUAGCCCCUCCCGCCUCGAACAAUGUUCAGUAUUUUCAGCCAACAUCAGGCCAUCCAACAUCGGGCCAGCCAACAUCGGGCCAUGCCUACAUUGACCACAAUGGAUACAAUGCAGCGCCCACCGGGACUGCGCAACCUAGUUACACAAUGCCCAGCAGCCAUUUCCAACUAUCUCAGUUUCAGACUGUGCAACGGUUCGGCGGUGUUCUUUCUCAGGAAACAUAUGAGGGGCCUGCCGUGAGUGAGCUCCAAUAUGACAACAUUUGGUCGAUUUCGGAAUCAAACUUCCUUGCCCAACGAUCCCCACAGUUCAAUGUUGCUCCUGGUGAUAUCGACAUGGUAGAGGGUUACGGCCUCAAUUCUAGCGCAAACAUGCAAACUCCGAUGGCAAGCCAGUUACAACAGGGCGGAAGCGUCGGCAACUCGACGGGAAACUGGACCAUGCUCUCACAGAGCCCCGUGCUGGAUGACGUUGGGAGCUCAAGUAGUGGUCAAGGGGCAUACAACUCUACUAUUACUGGACAAACAUCCAUGGGCGGAGACAAUCAAGGAUUUCUUCAUGAUCAUCACCAUUCCGAGGGAUCCCGAGAUUGUGAUCGGGCUUUGUUUCAGCUCGGUGGGAUGCCGCUCCCGAACGUCGGGUACGGCGAAACUGUGAUGAACCCUAGACUAGACUAUAUGAAUAUUGUCAUGGAGGACACAGUCUCUGAUGGAGUGUCGAGUACCAGUACAGUGGACAACCGCUCCAGUCGAGAUGCUCGUGCACAAACACCUUACGGCCAUGAUCAGAGUGGACAAGGAUCCUCUCCUCUGGAUAGCAGUGUCAGGGAGCAGUUUCAGCACAAUCAUCAACAAAGGCUAGAGCAUCGAGAAGCUUACAAUACCUCUGCAAGGAGUGAUUACAAUGGGCAAGCUACUGCAAUGGAUAAUGAUUUCACGCAGUUGAUAGCCUCCGGAUUCUCAGGCAUCCGGCAUUUAGGUGAGCCACGUUGGGCCAUGCAGCUUCUGAAUUUGUGCGCGGCGGCCAUAGCCAGCAGGAACAUCAGUCGAACGCAGCAUUUGAUGUGGGUUUUGAACGAUCUAGCCUCGGUUGUGGGGGACGCGAAUCAGAGAUUUGCAGCUUACGGAUUACGAGCGCUCUUUUGUAGGAUUACUGGUAGGAUGGAGGCAGCGUCAACGUUUCUUCGUCCUCGCCAUUAUGAUCAGGAAAUUAGUUUCGGCCCGAAAACUGUGCACCGUGCUCUUGUGAAAUUUCAUGAGUACGUUCCAUGGCACCAGAUUUGCUACACAGCCGCCUGCCAAAUCCUGAUGGAAGUAUGCGCGGGGAAGGCUCGUUUGCAUCUCAUUGACAUUGGAGCAGGCAAAGGUAUUGAGUGGCCCAUCUUCAUUGACGCUCUCGUCAGCCGUCCCGGCGGACCACCAGCUAUUUUGAAGAUUACGAUGAUCAGGGACCAACGCAGGGAGGAGCUGAAUAUGCGCACCGCAAAGUCGGUAAACUCCGAAGCUGCUGAUCUCAUGACUCGCCUUGUCAAAUUUGCUGGUCUCGUCGGACUCCAUGUGGAAGUGAACGUGGUCACAAAGGCGCUGGAAUGCGUUACUCGAGAAGAUCUCAAAAUCAGAGAUGGCGAGACUUUGGCCGCAGUGUGCCAAUUCCGAAUACAUCGGCUCUCGGAGGAGGUACCCGAUCGCGCAACCAAGUCGAACCCAACAUCCCGACCGCUACUCUCACCUCGCGACGACUUCUUCGAUUUCCUCUUCUCACUGAAACCAGACGUCUUCAUCAUGAGCGACAACGACAGCGAUCACUGCUCCCACGACUUCCUGACGCGCUUCCAGAAUGCGAUCAGCUUCUGGUGGCGUUGCUACGAAUCCAUGGACAUCGGCUACAAUGGCCGGGACUCGGAGGAGCGCCAGAUCAUUGAGUAUGAGGGCGGCAUGAUGGUGCUCAAUAUGGUGGCGUGUGAGGGGUUCGCUCGCAUCGAACGCAACGAAUCGUACCCGCAGUGGCAGCGCCGCAUUACGCGCGCAGGAUUCGUCCCCCAGAACCUGAGCGAUGAAACCAAAAAGGUCUGCCAGACGCUCAUCUCAAAUCAUAGCGAGUUCUGGGAGCUCUCCUUCACCGACUCCAACGUCGUCAACCUUCUGUGGCGCAAACAACCCACCACCUUCACUUCCGUCUGGAAAAUGCCGCAAUCCUAUUCCUCCUCUUCUUCAUGUCAAUCCACCCUCAUCCACAACUAAUAUAAAAAAAAGAAAAAAAAAAAACACAACAUACUCUCACUCCUCCUCCACCACCACCACCCUCCAUCUAUCCCCUUACUCCAUCUGCUUUACUUUUCUAUUGCUUUGCUUUGCUUCUUCAUGAGUUUCUCCUUCUCCACCCCAACUUCAUUACCCCACCAUUCUCUUGCAAUCUAUCUAAUUGCGUGCAAUUCCCCUUUGUGCAUCGCUAGUCUGCGCCAGGUUUGGUUUUGCCCAUUCGGCACGCUCAUCCGCACCCAGGAGCUCUAUGCACCCCCCCCCCCCUUCCAUAGCCGCGUGCCCUGAAGACCACGCUCUUGUGUCUUCAUGUCCUCACUCACACUGAUAAGCUUACAUGUUAAAGGGACUAUGGUGUUUGUGUGUGUGUGUGUGAAUUGCUCUGAAAUGUGGAGUUUAUGAGGAUUGGUUUUGAAA